UCCCCAUAAUUCAUUGCUAGUGAGAGAAAGUGGAGAUUCUCUUCUAGACUCUGAAAACCUUCUUCUCUUUCUCUCUCUAAAAAAAGCCCUUGUUGCGUAGACUCUGCGAACCCAUCAAGCAAAAACUCUCAGCCAUCUUCGCCGAAUCAAUCCCAUUCAAUUCGAUGGCUAAUAGCAAUUUACCUCGUAGAAUCAUCAAGGAAACUCAGCGUCUUCUUAGCGAACCCGCACCGGGAAUAAGUGCAUCCCCCUCUGAGGACAAUAUGCGAUACUUUAAUGUCAUGAUUCUUGGUCCAACACAAUCGCCUUAUGAAGGAGGUGUUUUCAAGUUGGAAUUAUUUUUGCCUGAAGAAUAUCCAAUGGCAGCUCCAAAGGUUCGAUUCCUGACCAAAAUAUAUCAUCCUAACAUCGAUAAGCUUGGAAGGAUAUGCCUUGAUAUUCUCAAAGACAAAUGGAGUCCUGCUCUUCAGAUCCGAACUGUACUUUUAAGCAUUCAAGCUCUUCUGAGCGCUCCAAACCCGGAUGACCCACUUUCCGAAAACAUUGCAAAGCAUUGGAAGUCAAAUGAGGCUGAAGCUGUUGAAACAGCUAAGGAGUGGACGCGUCUAUAUGCAAGCGGUGCCUGAAGUUUUCCGGACCUGGUGCUUCCAAAAAGUAACAUGUGCAAUGUACUUUAUUGACUUGGUAAUUCAUAUGGAAUCUGGAAGAAAGGCUGAUACUUGGUUAGGGGAAUUUAAUGUUCUCAGUGCUUCCAGUUACUUCGUUUAAAUUGUUUUCUUGCCAUGAACUCUGUCUUUCAAACUGUAUAAUUAAAUGAAACGUACCAUUUAUCCGUGUUUGCAUCACCCUGUUAGAGGAAUUUCUACAUUUUUAGUUUGAAGUUGAACUAGGGUUUAACUUGUAAAAUAUUUAGAGCAGCCUUCUUCUUGAAUUUGCCCAUGCCCAUGUAGGAGUUGAAAGUGUUGGCUAUGCGAUGUCUUUGACUUGGAGA